AUGAUCACAGUGAUAAGGCAACUUGUUACCCAUUCCUUCCUUUCUGAAAUAAAGCACAGCCUCAUGGACCAGCGUGGAAGAUUCAUUCAAUCGGAUGCUAAAGGAAUAUUGGAAAAGAUACGAUUGUACUUAAUAAAGAAACUGCUGCCACAUUUGGAAGACAGAAGGAAGUAUCAUCAGGAGUUUGCCUCAUCCACUUCAUUUCAUGGAGUGCAUAAUAUCGUUCAAACACAGAGCAAGACUCGCAAAGUGCUGUGGCUGUUAGUAGUCGCGGGCUGUCUUGCCAUUGUUGUUUGGCAAAUCUACAGUCGCUUCAUCUACUACUUCAGCUGGCCGACCACAACUACAGUGGUAGUUCAGUAUGUGGAAAAUGUCAAAUUCCCUGCUGUGACUUUUUGCAACUUGAACAGGUUUCAAGCUCAUGCAGUAAGCAACCUCAGAAUAAUUUUUUUAAUUUGGAACAUUGUGUCUGGAGUUCUCCAAAAAUUUUCUAUGGAAGAUAAAUAUUCCCAAGAGCUAAAUGAUUUCCUUCUUGGAAACCAGAAGUUCAGCAUCAAAGAGUUUACAAGAAAAAAUGGGUUUUAUCUGAACAGCAGCACAUUGCUAGAAUGUGAUUUUUUUGGAAAGCCAUGUUACCCACAGGAUUUUGAACAUGUUUUCACUGAAUACGGAAACUGCUUUACUUUUAAUUACAAUGAUCUUCCAGCAAGAAGAGUGAGUUUGUCUGGAAGAGGCUUACAUUUGCUUUUUGAUGUCCAACAGGAAAAAUUCACUGAUGAACCUGCUCUUGGUUAUACUGAUGCUGGUAUAACUUUUGUUAUCCAUUCACCCAAAGAGCUUCCACGCUUUGAUGGUUUAGGUUUAUUAACACCGGUUGGCAUGCAUGCACAGGUCUCAAUCCGUCAGCUGAAGUCAAUUGUCCAAGAAUACCCAUGGGGAGAGUGCAAGCCUGAUAUAAAGCUUCAGUACCACAAGAUUUAUAGUAUUAAUGGAUGUUUGCAGGAAUGCAAAGCCCGGUACAUACAGGACUGGUGUGGCUGUUUGCCAUUCGUUCUUCCAGGAAAUGGAACAGAAUGUGAUUUGCUGAAGUUUUACAAUUGUGUUUACCCAGCAGUCUAUGAUAUAGAGAUAAAAGGAUUAUGUACAGUCGGAACCCACAAUUCCACUUGUCCUGCCCCAUGUGAAGAAACGGAUUAUCCUACCACUAUCACCUAUUCAAGUUUUGGAGGAGAAAAAGCCAUAAAAUACUUUUCUGCAAAACUGAAGAAAAGCCCAGAAUAUGUCAGGCAGAACCUUGUGCGUAUUGACAUUAAAUAUCAUGAUCUGAGCUACAAAAUAACACAGCAGCAGAAGGCCUUGACUAUAUCUGAGUUGCUGGCUGAUGUAGGUGGCCAGCUUGGAUUGUUUUGUGGUGCCAGUAUGAUUACAAUCAUAGAACUGCUCGAGUAUAUUUUUACUAACUUCUGUUGGAUGUGCAUCUUUCUUCUAUUGAAAGCUCCUGAAAUGCCUCAAUGGAACAAUCCAUCCCAGAACCAACCAACAUACAAAGAAAAAAAGAAGGGACUACAAGAAUGUUAGUGGCUUGCAGAAGCACAAAACCAAUUGUUUCUGCAGCUUCCCUUCCUUUUUAAGAUACAAAGGAGACAGUAAUAUUUUGCAUUGCUCCCUUCCCUGCACUCAUUCUUUCAGCUUCUUUUAAUGCCUAGAACUACCUAACUGUGCUAAAUAACUUUAAAGAGUGAACUUUGGAAAGUCUCACUUUCUUUCUCACGUAAAGAAAAAUGUAAUCUUUACCUAGAAUUUUAUUUUAAAGAAUUACCAAUUUUUUAAAAUAGCAUAGCAAGGGAUACUGACAUACAAUGCAAUUGAGCAUUUCUGAUCCAGUUCUUAAAUAUUCUGUAUUUUGAGUGAGGAGAAAUAAUAUGCAUGCCAAAUUAACACACACAAGUUUCUUAACCACCAUAAAGGUGGAGCAUUGCUAUGCUGAAAAAGCAGAUUCCUUAUAUAACGAUGAAGUCUUUGCUAGUAGCUUACCACUGUUAGCAGUUCCAGUGAAGGACAUUGUAGCUUUGCCUAUCAGAAUUAGAAGCGUGCCCAAUAACAACUUCUACAGCGUAUUAUUUGUUUGUCUGAAAUGCAUCAAAAAAAUAAUCUCAUGAGUCUGCCAACUACUAUAGAGAACCGUAGGGCAUCUGAGUGGAUGGCAAGUGGGCAACCAUAGGCCAAGUUCAGCAUUUAAUGUCAUGAAAGAUGAUAAUAAAGACUAAAGGCUUCAUCUAAGUCUUACUAAAAAUCACUGAGAGGAAGAAUUUUGUGGCUUUGGUGCUGAAUGAGGCUUCUUGAAUGUUUAUUCCUUUAAAAGUGUUCAGAAAAGCUUCUGUGCUUUCCUAUGGCUGUGUGGGCCUAUGGAGCAGUACUGGUUUAGAGUUUUAUGUUUUUAAA